UUUCAUUCCACAGCUCAGUCCCUGUUUUUUUUUGGUUGGCUAAAUGGUUUUGUCGGCUUAUUUAGACGAGAAAGCUGUCGGAAAAAACUUGCAGACAGGUGUAGUUCAGAACCCAAGUGGCAGAGAUCUGUUGGUCCAUGUGACGCCACAAAAGGAGAGGACUUUGAAUUCUGCACUUUCAGCGAAUCAUACAGACUUUGGAAGCAAAUCUACGAGGAGCGAUCGAGAUUGCCAUGGCAGCUCGUAAGAGAGCUUCCUCCGCGACCGAUUCGGAGAAACCCUCUCCGGCGGCGGAUCAGAAACCCGGGAAGAACGCUGCUUCCGGAGAGGAUUUUCGACUCUCUCCGCCGAAAUCGGGCGUGAUUCUCGUGAUCUCUACCCUCUUGUGCUUGCCCUAUCUCUACCUUCUCUGUUUCCAUUACAAGGUCGAUAACGAGCUCAGGCGAUCUAUCCUCAUCAACGGCGGGCUAAGCUUGGCGGGGUUCUUCGUCACACUCAGGAUGAUACCUGUGGCUGCCAGAUACGUCCUCAGGAGAAACAUGUUUGGUUUUGAUAUCAACAAGAGGGGCACGCCUCAGGGCGAAAACAAAGUGCCUGAGUCAUUGGGCAUUGUUGUCGGUAUCGUCUUCUUGAUCGUGGCAAUAAUAUUUCAGUACUUCAAUUUCACAGAAGAUUCGAAUUGGCUUGUGGAGUAUAAUGCAGCACUAGCAUCUAUUUGCCUCAUGAUUUUGCUUGGAUUUGUGGAUGAUGUCCUUGAUGUACCUUGGAGAGUAAAACUCGUCCUUCCAUCUUUUGCUGCUCUUCCACUUCUGAUGGCGUAUGCUGGUCACACAACAAUUGUUAUACCAAAGCCUCUAGUUUCAUACGUUGGCUUGGAAGUGCUUGAUUUAGGAUGGAUAUACAAGUUAUAUAUGGGGCUACUGGCUGUCUUCUGUACUAAUUCUAUUAACAUUCACGCUGGCUUGAAUGGCCUUGAAGUCGGUCAAACUGUUGUUAUUGCCGCUGCUAUCCUGAUACACAACGUUAUGCAAAUUGGAGCAUCUGCUGAUACAGAGUAUCAGCAGGCCCAUGCCUUCUCUAUCUAUCUUACUCAGCCACUGAUGGCCACUUCUUUGGCAUUGCUUGCUUUCAAUUGGUACCCAUCCGCUGUAUUUGUUGGAGACACAUACACUGUCUUUGCCGGAAUGACUAUGGCAGUUGUUGGCAUUCUGGGCCAUUUCAGCGAGACGCUCCUGAUAUUCUUUCUUCCACAGGUGUUGAACUUUCUACUGUCGCUUCCUCAGCUUGCUGGCAUUGUGAAAUGUCCUCGCCAUCGUCUCCCAAGGUUUGAUCCUGCUGCCGGACUGCUAACGGGGACAAAGGACGGAACCCUCGUGAACGUCUACUUGAGGGUAUUCGGUAGGAAAUCAGAAAAGCGUCUAUGCAUCCAUCUCCUUCUUUUCCAGGCUCUAGCAUGUGCCUUCUGCUUCCUGUUGAGGCACUUCCUCGCUGGGUGGUACAAAUGAACCUGAAACAUGAUGAAUCUGCUGAGGCAAUCUCUCUCUAUUGCCUCUGUUUUCUGUUAAGGGGAUGAUAGUUCCAAGGCUUUCGGGCAACAGUCAGAGCAUUUUGUUUUGUUCCUUGUACAACUUAAUUAGCAAUGUAGUUUUGUUCACUGAUGUGUUUAGGUAGCAACUCAUGAACAGGGGAAUAUCUUUUGUACAGUCCGUUAAUUAAUCUGUUUAGUCACCUUAAUAUUAGAUUUUA